AUGGAGCGUGAUAAGUGGGUUGGUUCCGCGUAUCGUGUCUGUUCCCUCAAAAGCUCUAUUCAAGGAGUUUUUUCUCACACAUUUGAUAACCUUUCUGAUGCUCGACGUUUUUUGUUACUGAAUAAUGUAUCAGUCUUUUCCUUUGCUCUACUCAAUCUGUCAAGUGGUGUCCUCGAAAACUCGGAUUUUGAAUUCGAAGGAAAUAUUGCUUCAUGGCCACGAGCGUUAUUUCUCAGUAGUUCCAGACCUUCCGGAACUACUGCAGGAUUUUCGAUUUAUGGCAUAAUCUCUGACAGCUUGAAGCACCUCACUUCAUAUGGAAGAUUCUUGUGGGGAAUCCCAAAAUUGGUGUUUCAGCGACAUUUACUCCCGCGUCACUUCCAACUUGUUCUCACAUCUGCCCUUUUUGUUCAUGAUCUCAAGUCCUUUGCGGAACAAAUCUACCUCCAUAUUUUCUUGGCAUUUGCUUAUCCUUUCUUUGGUGCAACUCCCUCUCUUUUAUCCUAUCUGCGAAUUGGUAAUAUAUCGGCUACCUUUUUUUGGCACAAAAUUAUUCACCUUGUUCUACAACGCAAUUCUCGCAUUUCUUUUCUUUCUGUGCGCACAGAAAAUACUGUUCUGCAUGAAAUUGAGCUUUUUAUUCAACAAUUUCAGCUCUCUCACAUUUGGCAAGUCAAUGACUGCCAUCCCUUGGAGCUGUUCUUUCGCGAUUUAAGUGAUUUCAAUGAUACACUAGCUAUCGGCGUUUUGAGAACUUGCCUCCUUCCUUACAUAAACAAUGAUGUCGACAUUACCAAACUACUGUCGGUUGACUGUCUCACUGAAAUUAUGCUCUCGAUCGGUAUCUGUCGGGCAUUUGCAGACUAUCAUCCUCGUGCCGUUGUAGCUAUUUUUGAGGAUGCAGAUCUCGUAAGAAGUGCGCUUUGUUUCUGCGAUCGUCUGAAUACUCUCUUGGGUGACUCCUUGGUUCAAGGUUGGUGUUCUCGUGCCUUUUCCCUCCAUCAGCUCUGCUCAGAUCAGAUUGGCAUUUUUGGUGCUUCUCUGAGGACUAGGUGGAGACUGGACUGGCGCAUUGUGAAUUAUUUUGUGGGACGGUUAGAGCAGCAGCCUUUAGACGAUGACGACAUUGAUGACACUAGUGGCUGUGGUAGAGUACCAAAACUCACCCGAUUGGCGUGUCAAGCAGUUCGAUUUGCUCUCCGUCUGUACCUUGACGGAUUAUCGCCACCUAGACCCUCUUUUACGGCUCAAAUAGAGGACCUCAAGAUCCCACCUGUCGUGAAAAGCAUUAUCCUCUCCGCGGUAAUGGAAGAUUGA